GCAUCCAGUUCCUCGCAGGCGACUGCUCGCAGGCUAGUGCCUGUUCGCCUUUCGCGUACACUCAGCAUGGUCCAGCUUGUCGUCAUCGUCGUGACGCUCGCCUCGCUGGCUGUCACCAGUGGCGUUGCCUACUCGCCCGAGGGCCUUCAGCGCCGCCUCGACAAGGCGAAACGGCCCACCAGUUGGCAGAAGCGGCUUGACAAGGCUCUCCUCGACGUCGACAAGAACCCGCAGCAGCGAAUCCGCCUGCUGCAGAAGGUGGCCGGGGAUGGCAAGAAAAUCGUCAGUGACGUGCGGGUCGCGGCGGCCGAAGUUCAAGAGAAGGGGAUCGGCAAGGGCCACCCGAUCCUCCUUGACCUCCUUUUUCCCGACGGCACGACGGCCAGGUCGGAUCUCGAGGGCCUCGUCGCGCUGCGGAAGCAGCUGCCGGAGCUCACCAAAGGACUGGCGCCACCGACAGUGGAGCAGCUCAGGGCCGCGGCACCCGCAGCGCCGAUCGACCCUACGCGCGUGGCGAGGGCACUUGCGGACUUGGCCGGCGACGAGCGCAAGCAGCGCGAGCUGCUGCAGGAGGCGAAGAACGCGCUCCGCUCUACGCCCAAGGGGCAAGGAGACUCUAGAAGCGGAAAGCGUGGACGCCUCUUCCCGGCUCGAGACGCCAAAGUACCGCGUGCUCCGCUCGUGGCGGGCGGGGCCGGGCGCCCUCGACGGCGUUGUCGAGCUGAGAAGCUACCCGCCCUUCACCGUCGCGCGCAAGGGCAUGGGCGGUGCGGGCUUCGGCGCCGUCGAGGGCGGCGGCGCGGGCUUCAACGCGCUCGCUUCAUACCUCUUUGGGGACAACGCGGGCGCGGACGGCGCUGCGAUGGCGAUGACGACGCCGGUUGGGAUCGACGUGUCCGGCGGAGGCGCCGCGAGCUCGAUGAGCUUCGUGCUCCCGAGGGACGCGGCGCGGGCGCCCCCGCGGCCGAACGCCGACGGCGGCGUCGCGCUCGACGAGGUGCCCGCGCGGAUCGUCGCCGUCAAGGCGUUCGCCGGCGUCGUCACCGACGGCGAGGUGCGGCGGCAGCGCGAUGCCCUCGAGGCGGCCAUCGAGGCGGACGGAGGCACGGCGCCCGCACGGCGCCCGUCGAGGCGGGAGCCUUUUCGGUGCUGCAGCCUAGUGCUGCAGUACAACGCGCCGUACGCCAUCCCGUGGCGGCGGCGCAACGAGCUGGCGAUCGUGGUGAGCGAGGUGGUGGCAGAGGAGGAGGCGGCGUCAGCAGGCGAGGCGGCGGCGGGCGACGCCGAGGCUGCGCCAGCAGGCGAGGCUGCGGGCGAGAGAGAGGGGCGAGAGGGCGUCUCAUCGUGGUACGACACGGGGGUGCGGCUCUGAGAGAGGAGAGAGGGCGAGGCGGCCGUGGGUGGUGCGCGUUCUCUCACGAGCGACGGGCCGCCUCUCUCCGUGUGUGUGCCGUCACUACCGCGUUCUUGCUCUUGGCCGUCUGGACUUGAGAGUUU